CCCUCCCACAUCCUACUUAGAACACUUUCUCCCUCACCACCACGCGCACAUCAUGUCCAGCAACAACGGUCCAAAUAAGACUUCAGGUCAAUACCACUCCGUGAAAGGCACGGCCGUCGAAGCCAUUGGCAAUAUCACUGGCGCGGAGACGUGGCAGGAAUCUGGAAAAGAAGAGCACGCGAAGGGCGAAGCUGAGUACAAGGCCGCCCAAGCUGAAGGUUACGCCGAGGGCACGUUGGACAGAGUUGGUGGCAAGAAGGAUGCGGUAUUGGGUGCUGUAACUGGUGACCGAUCCAAGGAGAUUUCCGGAAAUCUUCGGCAAGACAAGGGUCAGGCGCAGCAGAACAUCAACAAGUGAAAACUUGUACUCAAUAUGAUGGCUUGAUGUGUCUUGUACUUUUAUUGGGCUUUAUGGCACUGUAAAUAAUACCCUUUGACUGCGGUUUGGUGCAUUUCUUCACCUCCCACAUAAUUACGGUACCAAUGUCAAUGAACCGCACGCGUACGCCAAUACUCUUAUGAGCGCUCGAGCAGUUACUCUGUGCAGGGUGUGCCCCGCUUAUUAGACCCGGCAAUUGCAGCUUGCAAAGCACGUCUGU